AUGGAGAACCAGAAGAUCUCCGAUUUCCUGGCCGACCAGCUGCAGCAAGCUCCAGAGCAGAGCCAGGCCUUCUUCCUCAGCUUCGAAGAUUUCUGGGAGCGGAAGCUAUGGCAUCAGCUGACAAAUGCGCUGGUUGAAUUCUUUCAGCUACCAGAGAGUGCUCCUCAGCGGUUACCGAUAUUCAAGACGUUUGUUCUGAGCUUCGCCGACAAGAUCAACCAGCUCAAGUUUGUCUCGUUGGGGUUGAUGGCAUCGACAGAAUGCGCAGAUGACAAAGAGCGACUUUCCUUCCUUACAUCACUAGCGGAUAAGGUGAACAAACCCGACACACAAGACGCUUACGUCUACGCCCUCGCAGAGGUUGCGAACGUCAAGCAGCGACUACAGGACUUGGAUGGAGCGCAAAAAGACUUGGAAGUAUGCCAGAAGGUCUUGGAUUCGUUCGACUCGGUCGAGACUGUAGUGCACGCCUCCUUUUACAAGGUCAACGCAGAUUACUACCACACAACUGCAAAGGCUAAACAAGAAUUUGCCGCUUACUACAAAAAUGCCCUUCUUUACCUCGCCUGCAUUAACCUGGAGGAUCUCAGCGAGUCCGAGCGCGUCUCCCGCGCAUACAGCCUGAGCGUCGCCGCUCUCGUCUCCGACACCAUCUACAACUUCGGUGAACUCCUCCUGCACCCAAUCCUGGACUCGCUCACCGAGACGCCGCACAGCUGGCUGCGCGACCUCCUGUUUGCCUUCAACCGCGGCGAUCUCACCGCCUACGAUGUUCUGGCCGGCAACAUCUCCAAGAACGAGCUGCUCGAGCAGCACCGCAUCUUCCUCUACCAGAAAAUCUCCCUGUCAGCCCUCACAGAGAUGGUCUUCCGCCGGCCCCCGCACGACCGCAACCUUACAUUCGCGUCCAUCUCGUCCGAGACUAAAGUUAAGCCCGAGGAGAUUGAGCAUCUGGUCAUGAAGGCGUUGUCUCUGGGUCUGCUCAAGGGUGCCAUCGAUCAGGUUGCGCAGGUUGCCCAGAUCAACUGGGUGCAGCCGAAGGUCUUGGAUAUGAAGCAAAUCGAGGGCAUGCGUAAUAGACUCAAGGACUGGGAUGCGGGUGUGAAUCAGCUCGGUCACUGGAUCGAGGGUGUUGGUAAAGAUGUGUGGGCUGCUUAG